AUGGCGCUGGAGAAGCUGCUGGGAUUUGGGAAGCAGCUACUACGGGUGAAGGUGGUGAACUGUAACUCAGAGGAGUCGCGUCUGUGCAGAUGUCUCAACACGUUCGACCUGGUGGCCCUGGGCGUGGGCAGCACGCUGGGCGCUGGCGUCUAUGUGCUGGCCGGUGCAGUUGCACGUGAAAAUGCAGGUCCUGGCAUCGUUCUGUCCUUCCUGAUAGCAGCUUUAGCCUCCGUCCUGGCCGGCCUGUGCUAUGCUGAGUUUGGCGCCCGUGUUCCCAAGACUGGCUCGGCCUAUCUGUACUCCUAUGUCACCGUGGGGGAGCUCUGGGCCUUCAUUACAGGAUGGAAUCUCAUCCUCUCCUACAUCAUUGGUACCUCCAGUGUGGCCCGUGCAUGGAGUGCUACCUUUGAUGAGUUGAUAGGAAGGCAAAUAGAGCAUUUCUGUAGACAGCACAUGUCCAUUAAUGCCCCAGGGGUGUUGGCAGAAUACCCCGACAUGUUUGCUGUCGUUAUCAUCAUCACCCUUACAGGCCUGCUGGCAUUCGGAGUGAAAGAGUCAGCGAUGGUGAACAAGGUCUUCACAUGCAUCAACAUCCUCGUCCUGUUGUUCGUGUUGGUCUCGGGUUUUGUGAAAGGGACUCUGAAGAACUGGCACAUAGACCCUGCAGUCAUCCUUAACGCUAACAUCACCAACAGCUCCAGCUUCAAUGCAACAGUUUCGAUGCCAACCAAGGACAGUAUAGGAGUGGGUGGGUUCAUGCCGUUCGGCUUCACAGGAGUCCUGUCGGGCGCCGCCACCUGUUUCUACGCCUUUGUGGGCUUUGAUUGCAUUGCCACUACAGGUGAGGAGGUGAAGAACCCGCAGAGAGCCAUCCCCAUUGGCAUCGUCUCCUCUCUGCUCAUUUGCUUCGUGGCUUACUUUGGAGUGUCGGCUGCCCUCACCCUCAUGAUGCCCUAUUACCUGCUGGACAGCAACAGCCCCCUUCCUGUAGCCUUCAAAUAUGUUGGCUGGGAGGGAGCCACAUAUGCUGUGGCAGUAGGGUCGCUUUGCGCCCUGUCCACGAGUCUGUUGGGGUCCAUGUUCCCCCUGCCCCGUAUCAUCUUUGCCAUGGCACGCGAUGGCUUGCUCUUCUCCUUCCUGGCCCACGUCAGCGAGAGGAAAGCCCCCAUAACCUCCACGUUGGCUGCCGGGGUCAUGUCCGCCAUCAUGGCCUUCCUGUUUGACCUUAAGGACCUGGUGGACUUGAUGUCUAUUGGGACUCUGCUGGCCUAUACACUGGUGGCUGCCUGUGUUUUGGUGCUCAGGUACCAGCCUGAGCAGCCCAGCGUGGCCUACCAGAUGGCCAGUACACAGGAGGAGGUGGAGCUGGGCGACGGCAUCAGCGUUCCCAGUAUGGGCAUCCUGCCUGGCAUGGAGGAGAGCUUCAGCCUCAAAACAGUCCUUUUCCCGGAUAACCCCGAGCCAUCCACACUGUCAGGGUUCACCGUCAACAUCUGUGCUAGUGUCCUGGGAGUGUUGAUCCUGGUGUUCAGUAUACUGGCCGUACAGGGAGGCUUGGCAGUGUGGAGCGUAGCGGCUCUUUGCAUCAUCUUCAUGGUGUGCCUGCUCCUCAUCUUCAUCAUCUGGAGACAGCCGGAGAGCAAAGCCAAGCUGUCCUUUAAGGUCCCCCUGUUGCCCUUCAUUCCAGUGAUCAGCAUGUUUGUCAAUGUCUACUUGAUGAUGCAGCUGGAUAGGGGAACAUGGAUACGAUUCGCUGUCUGGAUGGCUAUUGGAUUUGUGAUCUACUUUUGCUACGGUAUUCAUCACAGUGCUGAAGCAGCUCUGGUCCGCUCCUCUAUGGACACGUACACGGAGAUGAACGGCUUCAAGCCCUCCCAUAACCAGAACGGAGAGGAUACGUUGCCAGAGAAGGAGGCCUUUCUCCAUCAUAGCCUGGAGGCCAAAGGAGAUGAUGACGAAGACUUUUAAGGACCCAGGAGAUUUCAAUCCGACCUGACUGCUGUCUGUCAGUAUGAAAUUAUUUUUAACGGAUGUUUUCCCAGUCAUUCUGAGUUACAGAAAAUAACUUUGGCCUGAAAAUUCACAAACUCUUGGACCCACCCCACCCCCCUACCUCCUGCUUUAAAGUUCAGGAUACCAGGAGGACAACUGGGACUUAAAUCAUUCGUAUGCAAAGAUCAAUAAGAUGUGAAAUGAAAAUCAGCAUAUUGCUGUUGUGUUUUCAAUAAGUUUCACAUCCCUUGUUUAGCUUUACUGAGCUCUACUGGGAUAAGGGGUCAUGUUGAAGAUGUGUGAAACAUGACAAUUUGUAUUAAUUUCUGCAAAACUGGGACGUGGUGUUGAACUUUUCCUUUUCCAUCCUGGUUCUUAGCUGCCAUGUUGUAUUUUACUGGGUUGUUUGACGGAGGUAGUGAAGACGUGUGCGCGCGGCUUGUCAGCUUCUGUCUGUUUGCGCCGCAAGGAAAUCAAGAGUUCACAAACUACAAUAGGAUGCAAACAUGUAUUUUUCCCGCAGCGUUAUCGCUACCUAAAAAUCUCACUGCCUCUUUUCUUUUCUCUUGUUUAGAUAUGACAUAGUCACUUAAUAAAUCUGAGAACUACGUAAUCCAUUCAGCAGCAGUUCAGGUUGGUACCAGCCACUACGGUACAAGCUAAGCUGUUAUUGUGAGCUGAAUCCUUGUCAGCAGUUGUGUAACAUAGUCUUAAAUGCUGCACUAACAGUCCUCUAUUACUCAGGAUACAGUAGCUUGCGCAACACAUCCUUAGCCUUUCUAUAGUGCGCCUCAUAUUGUUCUCACCACUAGGGGCAGCUGACUUGUAAGGGUCCCUACAUAUGCCUGACAUGCUUUUUUAUUUCCCCACCCGUAUUCCGACAAAUCCUGCCUCCCGUGUUAGGAUGCAGUCUGCGUAUUGGACGGUUGAGAAAAAGUUAAAUCAAGGUUAUCUGCCCUGAAUGGGCGAAGAUAAAGUAAGGAGAAGAGACGGGGGAAAGGCAUUAUGGGUAGGACUUGCUGGAAUAUGGAUUGGUAAAAAAUAAACCAAAGAACAUCUGAGAUUCAGUCUGAGGUGUUACUUCAGUGAAAGGUGAGUUUAUUUUUAUAGCACAUUUAAUACACGGUGGCGCAGUGGUUAGCGCGGUCGCCUCACAGCAAGAAGGUCCUGGGUUCGAGCCCCGGGGUAGUCCAACCUUGGGGGUCGUCCUCUGUGUGGAGUUUGCAUGUUCUCUCCGUGUCUGUGUGGGUUUCCUCUGGGUGCUCUGGUUUCUUCCCACAGUCUAAAGACAUGUAGGUCAGGUGAAUCGGCCGUACUAAGUUGUCCCUAGGUGUGAAUGUGUGGGCCCUGUGAUGGCCUGGCGGCCUGUCCAGGGUGUCUCCCCACCUGCCGCCCAGUGACUGCUGGGAUAGGCUCCAGUAUCCCCGUGACCCUGAGAGCAGGAUAAGCGGUUUGGAUAAUGGAUAGAUUGAUGGAUUUAAUACUCAAAGGCAAAUCAAACUGCUUGGUAUAAUGGAUAAAAACACAAAAUACAGAAAAAGAGAAAAAGACAUUUUAAAAAAGAAGUUAAAAUAUAAAAAUGUAGAUGGAUAAAUUUGCCAGAACUGGUCAAACAAUGACAUUUAUUGCUAUUUGGAUGGAGGCAGAAAACCUGAAAUUCAGUCCAUAAGUACAACUACAGGGACAACUCACAGGAACAGGACUUGUGGGAUAAAAAAAAUAAAGUAAAACUUGUGCCUUCAUUUGUUGUAGAUUGUCGGUCUGCAUAACAAUAAGCACUCAGUCAAGUAAUGUGGGUUCCCAGACCUCUGGGCCCUUUAGAUGUGGCUUCUUGUAGCCAGACAAUUCCAGAUUGUGUCUGAGACAGAACACUUUCACACCUGGUGUCAACAUGUAUUUCCAGUGGCCACUUGUGACUGGGUUUUGCUUUCUUGCUAAAUUUGCAGACAGCCGUGUACAUCACUUCCGCAAUUUCCUCGUUUAAACACCGGGUUCAAUAGGAAUCCGCAAGUUUAUUUUGGAUGGACUCUAACCACCAGACAGGAAGU